AUGGUCCCAUUGCCCAUAAUUCCGCCGCAAGUCGAUAAUCAAGGUCGAGAGGCAGAGGGGAGUCGAGGUGAUGUCCAGCCUGGACCAUCGACUGUUCCCCAAACGACACAACACCAACAGCAACAUACUAUACCGCAAGAUGGCCAACCAUACCUCAUAUAUCCUCCGCAAAUGGCCUACUACCAGCCACAAUAUCAACAUUACAUGUCGCCUGGCUACCCUCAAAGGCGGCCACUCUCGCCGACAUAUAGACCAAUGCCAUACCCACUCUUCACCAACCAGUCAUUCCCUCAAUUUCCACCCCCGUCCCCGCCCUCUAACCAACAUCAACCUUACCCCAUGUCCCCCUUGUCCCCCUUUUUACACACCCCAAUCCAUUCGGCAAGUCCAUCAGCUUCCUCAUACCAUGGUUCACCUCUACCCCUCUCAUUAUCAACGCCUUCUUCGUCCUCAAUGGCCUCGCUCUCCGCUCCGUCGUCUCCUCAACCACGAGAUAGACCACUUGUUCGACGGUCAUAUCAUCCCUCCCCACCAGCAGACCGCUCCGAAUGGGUUAUGUGGGUUGGCAACGUCCCUUCUGACGCAACGUCCGACGAGCUCCAAGCAUUCUUCACACGACCUCCACCAACUGAGCAGCCCUCGCCGGGCGGCAGCAAUCCUUGGGAAGCGUCACGUGCCGGAGUCCUCUCGAUAUUCCCCAUCUCACGGUCGAACUGCGCGUUUGUCAACUACCGCUCGCCCGAGCAGCUACAGACGGCAAUUGGACGGUUCAAUGGGGUGCCUCUGCGACUAGACGGGAGAACACCGCCGUUGUUGUGCCGAGUUCGAGCGAAGGAUGAUGAUUUGCGGGCGGAAUCCAAGCUGGGUGGGGGAAAGGGGAAGGGCCAGAAACCCGAAGACAGUCCUCCGAAAAGAACGGCCAAUACCGCUCCGCCUUCUGCGUUUCCACAUCGUCCCAGCACGCUGUCCAGGCCAGAUAGCAAUGUGAGCACGAGCUCGGGGGCAUCGACGAGUUCGAGCUUACUAGAAGAAUACUUUCCCGAACGGUUCUUCAUCUUGAAGUCGCUGACCCAGGAAGACUUGGAUCUCAGCGUGCAACGCAAGGUUUGGGCAACGCAGCGUCACAACGAGGGCGUAUUCGAUCGUGCAUUCAGGACCUCGAAGAAUGUGUAUUUCAUCUUCAGCGUGAACAAGAGCGGCGAGUUUUACGGAUAUGCGAGGAUGUCUGGCCCGCUUGGCACUGUCGACCCGACCAAUCCCGUGAAAUGGGCAAGCAGGGACACUGAUCAGACUCCUCCAAAACGACCCAACCCAUCUCCUACUGGCAGCCCAGAAACCAUGCUCAGCAGCGGUCAUCUGGUGCGGAACUCACCGCUACCUGAGGACCGGCAAAUCACACCACAACGGGAAGAAGAACCUGAGGAGGGGUCAGAAAGCCAAGCACAUGCCCAUACCGCGCCGGCGAUGCUACCCGGUGGCCACGGUCUAAGUGUUGGUCACAUCGAGAUGAAGUAUAGCCUCGACCAGCCACGGCCGCCGUUCCCAUCGCCAACGCCGAGUCCGAGCGUUACCUUAGAUGCGUCUUCUUCCCCCAAACGCCCGCCAUUCCCACAGGUUGCGCGGUCGAUAAGCGGGGCAGGGUCAAGGAUAUACGGCAGUGGGGUGCGUCGCUCAGAAGAGGCGCUUGUGCGAACGGGCAUUCGGGCUGUGGGCAUUGCAGCCGAUGGCCGGCCAUCAGACAUCACCGCUUCUGAGCCGGCAGCUUCCCCUGUCUCGCUAUCAGCAGACAAGACAAAAUCCGCCAAUGCGCCGACCACGUGGGGCCAGGAGUUUCCGCUGCAGUGGAUAUGCACCACUCGCCUCCCGUUUGAGCGCACGAAGCAUCUCAGAAACCCGUGGAAUAGUGGCCGGGAGGUCAAGAUCUCGCGGGACGGCACAGAGGUGGAGCCGGAAGUGGGCAAGGCAUUGUUGGCAGCUUGGGACGCGCUGCCGGAGUAA